CACAAACACAGGUAAGAAAUACUGACUGACACAGUAGAAAAACUAUUCCAACAGAGCAAAGGCAGUUCAUAUAUCUUGAUAACUUGAUGCGUAAGAUAAGCAAAGCAACACUUCCUGCAGCAAUUUAAAAACUCUGUUACUCAGAAUUAGUGCUGGCUGAUAAUUCAGUAUUACCAUUAAUCAACUGUCAGUGGAGUCAAAUUGUAAUGAUCUUCUUGUAUUGUUGGUUUUUUAUUCUGUUGUCAAUAUUAAUGGAUGUGAGCAAAUUGUAAAUAAUGAAUAUUGUUUGUGUUGUAUACAGUAUGUGUAUAGUUUUGUCUGAAGUAAAGUGGAACAAACUUGAUUAUAAUGAACAUCAAUUUGGCCCUUACAUAUGUUUAUGUAUCUGUUUGAGAGAUAUAUAUGUAUUGUUGAAGGGACAAACAGUUGAGAAUGUGAAUUUUUUUAACUUUCAGCUCUCAGCUCUCCUCACCAUUUUAAAUGAAUCCCUGUAGUUGUCUACUGAGUUUGGAGUUUGCUUGGAUUAAUAAAGUCAGCAUGUUACUUUGUUUUAUUCUCAUAUUUUCCAUUUGAUUAGUAUCAUUUGUAUUAUCAUUACUGUUGUGUUAUUCUAUCCUUAUGUACUCACGGUUAAGAAACUGGUUUCUACCAGUUUGCACCCCUCGAUGGUAGCAGCGCCUGGCUCAGUUAAAUUACAAAAACCACAACAUCCUAUACAAACGGAUGUGCAGAUUAUACUUACUGUCUUUUUAAGCCAUGUAUUACAAUUUUGCAGUUACAGUUUUGUGAAUCCUUUUUGCAUUAUACUCAAUAUUUUUAUUAUGCUCUCAGUAAGCAUUCCUUUUUACAGUUGGGAUUAUCAUUGUACCCAGUAGUUUUAUUAUAUAUUUAGUAAGGCUUUUUGGAGCUUUGUGUGGAGAAGAGAUCAUGUAUGCAGGAUGUCAAAGUGUAUAUAAGGAGAUCUGAUGCAAUGUUCUUUUGGGGGGGGGUGUCCAUUUAGGACGUUGGCUGUACAUUCUACUUUUAAAUCUUUACUACUUUGUUUGUUAACUUUUAACUUUUACUUCAUUGCUUUUUAUUGAAGUUUGUAUCAGUUAUAGAAAAAUUUAGUUUGACUCUUUUUUUGGUUUUUCAUCACCAGCAGACCAGGUCCUCCUCACCGCCUUUAGGUAAGCCCCCCCCGCAUGGUGGCUAGAGGUUAAUCCCAAUUACGUCUAGUUACAUCACACUAGAUGCUAGGGACCUUUAGGCAUUUCUUUAGGGUCCAUUAGGAACAAGGCUGAAGAUUUCAGAUUUGGGUGACUAACUAUCGGGCUGUCCCUGACAGCAAGGUCAAUCUCGGGCAUAUCUAGAACGUACAAAAGGGUGUCUAUCCCAGCGUGGAAAGACGCCCUGAGAGUUGCUGCCACUAGGUUUGAGUAACUGAGGUUAGAGAGAAAAAAGAAGGGUGUGUAUCUGGCAAAGCAGCUUACCAUCAGUAUGAUCUACCAAAUAUAAGGAGGCAAUCAGCAGCCGGACCCCAAACUUCCUCCCUCUACAAGGCGUGUGUGUGUGUUGGCAAAGCGGCUUACCAUCAGUCUGACCGACUGAGCACACAGUGACGACCAGCCGCCAGCUCCACGCCUGCAUUCCUUUUCUCAGUCUCAAGGAAAUUAGAUUUAACAUAAGAGUCUCAGCUAAGACAGUGUAAAGUCUUUUCUCACAAGAGGGGCAGCUCUCUCAGGGUAACACCUCUGUGUUUUUGAGUAGUCCUGCGAUAAAUUCUCCUAAGCUACUUAUUUAGAGUAAGUGACUGAGAAGAGAAGGACAUUUAAUGUGUUGAGAUGAUUUUCCCUGUCCCCUACCUUGAAACAUAAAUUUCACAACUAUCUAUUUGGGCAUAUUUCUCUGAAAAGGUUAACCCAAUUCGUAAGUGACAUCAUCUGGAUUCAUCUACACAUCAUUCGUAUGUGUAAGCCUCUUCAAAAACACAUCAGCUCAUAACAUGAAUGAUGUAUGAUCAGAUGAAAAGUCCAAAAGCCCCACUUUAACAAAGUCCAGGUACAUAACAGGUACAGUAAGGAGAUGUAGUCCUACUCUGACUUGCAAAGUAAUGUUUUUACAGCUUAAUGAAAAUCUUUAAAAUUGUGAGGCAUCUGUGGCAGGGUCCAUACGCAAAUGCAUAAAUGUUUUUUUUGUAUGAACAUCAUAUCAACAUCCAAAUCAUCUCCCUGCCACAUCACAUUCCCUUUCACUUUAUUACCACAUUUGAUUUGGUAACCAAAUUCAAAACGCAGUGAAACAGGCAAAUUCAGUCAGUCAGUCAGAUAGACAAUCAGACAGACACUAGAAAAAUAUGUAUUUUUGAUUUUGGGGUGAACUGUCCCUUUAAACCCCUGAGUAACCAGCAGGGGAUCUAUUGUGUUGCCGUAAUGCAAGCUCAGUGGGUGUGAACUGUGGCCAUGUGCUCUGUUCAACACAAGAGGGAUAAUCUCAGAAGCUGACCACGCAGCAAACAAAAACUGGGUGCUGCUCUGAAGUCAGUCACUCUGCUGUUGCUAUUGCCACAAUUGACACAUGCCACCAGUGAGCUGAGCCCCUUAUCAUCAAGUCAGUGAACGAGUCAACCAGAAUCUUGCAUCAGCACUAAACCAACUACUUGACAGGCAACAAGAGGGUGAACAAGACAGAGAGACAGCUCUGAGUGGAGAGACACUGUGGAUAAUUCAAUAUGUGCACCUCUAACAGGGCAAAUGAACUGGAAUCAAAUACCCAUUUGAGAGAAAAAAGAAGAAAGGAACCUGAGGUAAAAGGGGUUUGAAGGAAAAUAAUGGCAAGCAAGAGGACAAAAGAAGAAAGAUGCAACGUACCAGUGAGUAGGAAACUGUAUGGGGGAGGAGAGUGGAAAAAACCUUAGGAACACACUCCCACCUCACACACACACUCUCCCUGUGUGUCAGGUGUGUGCAUGGGUGUUACUGCUGGUAACCAGGCAGGGACAGACCCUGUCUCGUGGGGAUGUGAAAGGAGCGACUUAAUCAGCAAUGACUACAACUAGAGAGGAAACAAAACGCACACACACAAAGCACUCUCUCUCACUCCAGCAUGGUCUUAAGCACAGAGAGCACAGCCUCCGAGGUUACUAGCUGCCAGAAAAAACAACGAAACAAUCCUGACAACCGAAUUUAGAACACAUAAGAGAAACUACCCCAGCUGCUGUUGUUCCUGUUGUUGCUGAUGACGGCACCAAGACUCUGGAUGGAUUGUAGUAACAAACUUGGAGGAGCUGUUUUGGUAUUAACGAUCAGAACAGGCGCUGAUGUCUAAAUGUUUUACUUCUUCACCAAGGACUACAGACUGAACUGCCUCGAAGGUAACUGGAUCAUCUUGCCCGGUCUUUGGCAUUCUGUCUUUACAUACUCUAUCUGCAUGUGUGUGUGUGUGUGUGUUCAUAUGUGUUGCACUGAUAUAAGCUUUAGAUGUUUGAUCUAGACAGCAAACAAACAUAAAAGAUAGAUAUAAUCCCAAAAUUAAUGUUAGAAAUGUGAAAUGAUUAUUACCCAAAAGCAACAGACCUAAAAGUUUUUGGGCUGAGCAAAAACUGUUCUGUCAGUCUGGAGGAUGGGGUGUGUGUGUGUGUGUGGGUGUGUGUAACGUACACAUUUCCAUGGAAGCCUUUUGGUGCUGUUCUCAAGAACAACAUGGCUUGUAAAUCAGGGGGACUCAAGUGAGGAGGAUACUCUAGUCUCUACUCUGCUCAGUAAAGAAUAUUCUGCAUUAACAUGAGCCCAACAGCUCACUGGUUUAACUGAAAGCAACUUUUGAGUUGUUGUACCCUUCAUUUUGUUUCAUUUAACUAUUCAAAACUGCGUAAUAUUGAGUAAAAUGAGGGAAAGGAAGGAAGACACUCGAAAGGCUAACUUGUGGCUAGCUUUUCUAAAGAAAGCAAGCUUGGUGUUAAGUAUUCAGGGCUCAACAGUAACGGUUGCCAUUGGCAACCAUGUUGAGAAAUUGGCAACAAAUUCAUGGCCUUUUUUUCAAUUUCGAGCUUCGAAAUCAAAAGCAGGAUCGCCAAUUCUCCCAGUAUUUAUUUUUUGCUCCGUCCACGCCUACUUGCGCAGGUCCGGCAAGCAUCCGAAGAAAAACACAAGAACACUUCAAAGAGACACAGCGUAGCUUACUGGUAGCCUGCAGCUGCACUGUUCGAGACGCCACACACAGGGAAGUCAGUCCGUGCCAGAGUGUCCGUCACUAGCCUGCAGACGCCUAGCAGUGCAUCAAAAAAGUACGCCGUUUGUUAGGGUUGCCCGGCAGAGUCGGUUGCCCUACCCUCAGUCUCACUCUUUCUCUGUCCUGUUCUUUUCUAGCCUACUAUUUCCUUACUAUCUCUUUCUUCCUUCUUACUGAUUUUCAGGUGUUCUAAUUGUGGAUACUGAAUUUUACUGAAAAUAAUCUAUUCUACAACAACCAGAAGUAGAGGAGGAGCUGAUCGCAUAUGACUCUUAUAUAAGUAGUAAUCCACAGAUCAGGCGGAACGAGUCAUAAAAACGAGCAUUCUGAUUAAUGCCGGGUGGGUGAAAUAGGUCAGGGAUUAUUUAAAUUUCCAGACACGUCGACAGGAUCGGUCAGGAUCUAAUGUUAAUUAAUGUUCCGUGUUCUUCUAUACACCCAAAAGGUCACACACACACAGUCCAAGUUCAUACAGUGAAACUGUUUCAGGAGUUCUUGUGUUUUAGUCAGAUUAUUAGGAAAGCAACGAGAAUGCACUAUUUUUGUGAUGCUUUCUUAAAAUGUUCUCCCGGGGAGCAUACCACCAAAUGGUUUCACUUUCACUAUGCACGACUGCAUUGCCACUUGCCAUUAAUUUGGUGCCACCCUGCUACAAGCCUAUUGCCCCCUUUGGGUAUUUGUUCUAGUGCCGACACUGCCGCUUGGCCUUUCAGUCCGGAUUUGUCUUCUCUUCACCGACCAUGCCAUUUACCCACUAACCAUCUGUUCAUCGUCUGGGACGUCCAUUCCUGGGAGCCUGCUGCCUCGCCUGGACCGGAGUACAGGAGAUAACGCCGGACUUUCUGGGGCAAAUUACAGAGCUGCAACUCUAAAGAGAGGUUUCACUCUGUCUAAAUUCUCAGGACUCCAAUUCUGCAGAGUAAUUGUGGAAACCAACAAAGUCUAGACUGAGCAGAGAACUUUUGUACUGACACAGAUGAUAGUCUAACAAUGGCAUAGCCGUCAGUGCCGAAAAAAAAGGUUAAAUCAAAUUGAAUCAUGACCUUGAAGUCGCAUGUCAAACUGAACAUGGAUUUGGAGAAUUGUGACACCCCUACAUUUUAAAAUUUCAAAACUAGAGAAAGCAAAAUGCGCACCCCAAAAUAAAUACAAUUUCAAUAUAUGUUGCAUUAGUGAUAUUUAAAUAUUGCUGAUACAGUCAGAAACGGACCCAGACAAUGCUGCAUGUGCGUUGGUGUGUUUAGUCGCUUGCACAUGCAUCUGUUUUAGAGACAAUGGCAAAGCAAAUUAAGUUGCUUGCCUGAGGGGGGUGAAAAGUUUGACUAACCUGUCAACAUCACAAAUGAAUGCUGGUAUUUUAUACACCAGGAAUUGAGGUUGACAUUAACUGAUAACACUAAAGAUUCAAAUUCUGUAAAGUAUCAGAUAAAACACAAACUUCAGUUCGUUACUGUAAUAAAGCUUUUAAACAUUCUUUUAUGUCACAUUUUCAUUAUUAAGCUGACGUAUAACUGCAUAGUAUCUUAAUUACUCAAAAUAUAAAGUGACUAAAGAGUGGAAACCAUAUUUUCACUUUCGGCAACCAAAAGCUGAUACCAGGUUGCCAUCCUGCAAAGUUAGUGUUGAGCCCUGUUAUUAAGUAGGCUUUGGAAGUUUGGCAUACAAAUGUCAAGUCAAUUUUAUUUAUAUAGUCCAAUAUCACAAAACACAAAUUUACCUCUAGGGGCUUUACAAUCUGUACAGCUUACGACUCUUGAUUUGGAUAAGGAAAAACUCCCCUCCAAAAAAAACAAAAACAAAAAAAAACGGGGGAACAAAUGAAAGAGCAACAGAGGGACGGAGAGACAUGCAAAAGACAUUGUGUGAAUAGACCAAAUGCUACCCUUAAUACACAUCAAACAUUAACUUAUAUAAUACAAUAACACAGGCAAUUCAUCCAGUAAAACUGUGACAGCUGCCAUUACCCACGCUAGUUCAUUUUAGUAACUGGUCUCUUCUGGCCUCAUGGUUGGAAAAAAUCAGAAAAAAUUUGUUGAGGUGCCCUGAGAAUGCCUUAUAUUAACAAAAUGGUGAAAAAUAGGCCUUAUGGAUGUGGGAUAUUUGUAUAUGGACUUCAAUGUCAAAAGUACCCAAUAUAAUUUUCCUUGCAAAGUGGUAGGCUCUUCAAUAAAAAAAAUGCCUCUACAGUACAAGUCUACUAGACCAAUACUAGUAAGCAGCUCGGGGUGUUCAGCGGGUCCUUAUUAAUAUUUGGUAAAAUGUGUACAAAAUAACAAAAUGUGUUUUAAAUGACAAAUAGAUACACUGUAGUGUAUCACACUUAUUACCAGAGUACUGCCCUUCUCUCAACUAUUCUCCAGUUCGUCUGAAACCUUUUGGGUAUCCUCACAUCUCCCAAAAAUGUUGUUUACUUAAUGCUAUCUGUUGUACCUUGCACAUGUAGUUUCCAAAGAGUUUUCAGAUGAUCCAUCAAGAUUUGUUCAGUGAGUCUCUAAAGCUGCUUUCAUUGUUGCUAACAAUUAUUUGUCAAUUGUUAUAUAUUUAUUACUCUGCAUGAUUAUAAAAAUCUGACUAAAUGAAGAUAAGUUAAAAUCCUAUAACAUUAUAUCCUAUAUUCAGGAAUGCCACUUUUAAAUGCUGUGUUUCAGAAAGAUGAACCAGAGACAAUGUGUUGCUAGUUAUGAGUCACAGAUAACAGUCAUUAGACUAAAUUCAGUUCAUUAAACUACAUUUCUUGAGCUAAAAACUGGCUUCAUCAAUUAGUGCUAACCUACAUAUUUAACCCUAUUUAAUAUCCCUCAGGGAUCCAGGACCCUACUGCAAAUAACAAAUCUGGAUGUCUUUAUUGCAGGAGUUUUAUCUGUGGUGGUGGUGGUGCUGUCUUGAUACGGUGAAGCAGGGCUAUUAUGCGCCAGCUUGAUGGGACAAAAUGCAGCUUCCUGUUGUGCCUCGGGAUGAGUAUUCUUAUCUGUUCAGUCAUUUACUUGAGGACCAGGAUGCCAACAGAACCCAGGCCCCUAGAACCUCCAAGUUGCAGGCCCUUCUCCACUGAAUGUAAAGCUUUUCUGCCCGGCAUAGAGGAUGGAGUAGAUUGGUAUCGCCGUGACUGCCAGGUGGAAAGCUAUAUUCUGAAAAGUCGCCUGCAGUGUUCCAGUUUGACCAGAGACCUACACUUUAUCACAAGACCUCUGAGCCGUGAGGAGGAGGACUACCCUUUAGCUUUCAUUGUGACUGUUCACAAGGAGCUGCAGCUUUUUGUGCGCCUGUUUCGGGCCAUUUACAUGCCACAAAAUGUCUACUGCAUUCAUGUGGAUGCCAAGGCUCCAUGGGAGUACCAGGCAGCUGUACGGAAGCUAGUCAGCUGCUUUAAAAAUACCUUCCUCUCCAGCCGCAGCGAGACAGUGACCUACGCUGGGUUUUCCCGCCUGCAAGCAGACUUGAACUGCAUGAAGGAACUAGCAAAGUCUAAGAUAGGCUGGAGGAAGGUGGUGAAUCUGUGCGGACAGGAUUACCCCGUCAAGAGCAACCUGGAACUGGUGCGGUACAUGCAGAGCAAAGAGUGGAGGGACAGAAACAUGACGCCUGGGGUCAAGCAGCCGGUGUCUAUGAGGCACAGGACACAGCUCCAGCACAGGGAGAUCAUGGGGUCACAUGUAGCUCUGAAAGGGUUUGGACUGAAGAAAAGUCCUCCUCCACACAAUCUGCAAAUUUAUUUUGGAACAGCCUACUAUGCUCUUACAAGGGCUUUUGUAGACUUUGUUUUGAAAAGCCCAAUAGCACACGACCUCUUGGAGUGGUCCAAAGACACGUUCAGUCCAGACGAGCACUACUGGGUGACACUCAACCACAUCAAAGAGGCCCCUGGCAGCCACAUAGAUGGAGGUUGGGCAGGAGACAUCCGGGCAAUCAAGUGGAGGGAUCAAGAGGGAAGCACACACAAUGGCUGCAAAGGUACAGUACAGAAGUGUAUAAUAAUGACGUACUAUUUUAUUGAUUAUUUACUGUACCACAGGGCUCAUCUAUGGUCUAGUUUAAAUUUUACUAGUCUUGUUAAACUGGGUUUGUGGCCAAACUCAUUACUACAUACACAAACUAAUUACCAUCUUUUUUUUAACAUUAGCCAACCUCAUACUCUGUCUCUGUCCUAUGAAAUAAAAAAGUGUCUGCUCCUUACUCUUUUUCUUAUGUUUCGCUCAAGACAGGAUUACAGGGCCAAUCGCUGGCUAAGGCAACUCAAGAUUUACUCAACAAAAGAUGAUAAGAACAGAUAUGAGGAUUUAUCUGAUAUAUCUGAUAUCCAAUAGGUUUAGUCUGUGUUUUAUGACCUUUUACAGGUUAAAGAUAAAAGAAAAUAACUGCAGUAGCAAACAAACGUACCAACGAAUCAUGAAAGGUUUGAAAUUCACAAUUAUGUGGCAAAACAGUCAGGCCUAAUAUCUAAUAUAGAAGUACAAGAUCCAAAAUUGUUGUUGUCAUUUUCCAGGGCAUUAUGUACGAGACAUCUGUAUCUAUGGAGUGGAAGACCUACCAUGGAUCAUCAACAGGAACAGCAUGUUUGCCAAUAAGUUCGAGAGUAGUACCUUUCCAGAGGGACUGGACUGCCUGGAGCAGUGGCACAGGAACAA